CAUGCAGCUCCAGGUAAGGGACCUGAAGUCAAAAGAACUAGAAGGGACCAUGGAGAGCUGGAGGAUAUCAUUUUUAAGCUUUUCGAAAGACAACCUAAUUGGACCUGAAGCAGCUAGUCCAAGAAACAGAUCAACUCACAUUGUUGAAGUGAGGAACCCUUCCCAAGCUUUGGAAUUCUUGAUGAAGGGAGGGGAGCCAGGCUUUGAUCUUGUUAUUGCAUAUGCACACAAGUGUCAACCGGAUGACACUAAAUUAAAAACAUUUAUUAAAAGCGAAUUUGAUCAGCAGCUUCCCAUAGUUUGUUUCAAAUGCAUAGCAGUGGAGGGUUUUGAUGAGCUAAACGGCAUGUCAGCUUGUGAUUUGAGAGAUAAAUGGAAGAAAGAUACAGAGAGCAAAGGAUGCAAGAUGAAAUGGACCCGAGAACUCAAUUUCAACUUCUUUAGUGUGGUGGAAAGAUUAGGCGACGGUAUUAAAAAUCGUGCAUUAAAUGUCAAAAUUGAAUGCUAUUGAUUCUUCACCUCUUAUAUAAGGAGUGUAGCAGCAGUGUUUCUACACAGAGAGAACAACACACACAACACAGGAAAUUCUGUUUUCCAGCUCCAAAAUCCCUGCUCCUACUCCAUUCUUGAAGCUGUGUUUUGCCCGUACUC